AUGAGACUUCAAACAGCUUUGGUCAUCGUGUAUUUUGCAAUGGUCUCCAAUGUUGCGGCUAUUCCUAAUCCACUUGCAGCUGUCGCUGAAAGUCUUACAGCCAUUACCAGUGUAUUUAAUAUGAUCAACUCAGGGUUGACUUUAAAAAAUAAUGUAAAUGCCGCUGCGUCAGCUUCUGCUUCUGCUUCUGCUUCUGCUUCUGCUUCUGCUGCCAAAACCACUACUACGGUUGCACCAACGGCAACCGUACUUGUCGUCACAUCUUCAAAUCCUAAAUUAGAAAAGACAGUCUUGGCUCCUUCCAUUACCGCUUCAAUUUCAAGCAUUGUAUUGAGUGACAAACAAGUCUUGAGGUCAGUUACGACCGUUGUUGUUGAUUCCAAGGCCUCAGCAACAAUACUCCCUGCAAACGAACAAGGGGCAAUUCUUAAAGCCAGCAACUGA